GCAAAAAUUUAUGAACUAUGGCAAAGCUGCUAAGAAAAUUUGCGCUGCUGAUGUGGAAAAACUGGCUCGUGCUGAAGCGACAUCCUUGGGUUCUAAUCGGCGAGAUCAUUUACGUUCUGUCCGUACUAGUUUUAAUAUAUCUUCUCCGAAGAGAGUAUAGUGUUUCCGAGCAGGAGACCUACUAUGGGUACCCGCAGGAAUUGGACUGGCGCUCUUUCACAAGUUCUGGAUGCGCUUCAGGCGAUUCUAAACAAAUCGCUUACUCUCCAACCAGCCCCUUAUUGCACCGAAUGAUGGUGUCAAGUUGCACCAGGAAAAAUUUAACGAUUCUGGAAUUUGACACGAAAGCAGAGUUGUCGGAAAAGAUCAGUACAGACAAUCAAUUCGUAGCUGGUUUGAAUGUUGCUUUAGAAUUUAGCGACAAUUUGCGCGGAAUCAACGAGAGCAAGGAUGUCCCUGAUGAUGUGGAAGUUACUAUAAGACUACCUCACAAGAUAGACAUUUCAGACAAGUGGUAUUCGGAUCGUCUGUACUCAUAUGUAAGUAAUAUGUGGGGGAGCUCAGGACAAUAUGCAUACGAGCGGAAGUUUUUAAGAUUACAAAGCUAUAUAAUGUUCUUCUUGGCGCAUGACGUUGAUUAUAUUGAAAAUUUUCCAACGGACAACACAAUAGUUUCUGUUUCCUUUCCACGUCCAGCCAUAUUGUACGAUGAAUUUUUUGGCGAAGAAAACCUAUCCGAACCGACUUUUAUUGCACUCAUAAUCUGUCUCUUCGUCUAUAACCACCUCGUUACAAUUAAAAAGGUCGCAUCAGAAAAAGAGAAACAAUUAAAAGAAUCGAUGAAAAUAAUGGGUCUCCCCGGAUGGUUGCAGUGGCUGUGCUGGUUCCUCCAAGCUUUGUUAUUCAACACCGUCUACAUAGUCCUCCUGCUAUGCAUGUACACUUACAUCGACCCUCCCAUAUUCGUUUACUCAAACGGUUGCAUAUUAUUCUUGUUCUUCUUUCUCUACGCGUUCAGUUUAAUCAGUCUUGCGUUUCUGAUCAGCACUCUGUUCGCAAAAGCCAACGCCAACGUCCUCAUCGGAUGCUUCAUCUUGCUCAUUGCUAUCUUUGCAUACUACUCCAUGGUGAACAGACCAGAGGAAAAAGGCGCUUCGGCACCGAUAGUACUACUGACGAGUCUGUUGCCUACUUCGGCACUAGGUUUCGGAAUGCAGAUCAUUUUUAUCUACGAAAGGAUUCAAAAAGGAGUCAACUGGCACAACGUUGCUACUAAACCAAUUCCGCUAGACGUAUCGCUUCGGGACAUAAUGGUGAUGUUGCUAGCAGAUGCAAUUCUGUACAUGUGCCUGGCUCUGUACAUAGAAAUAGUCUUUCCUGGUGAAUAUGGCGUACCGCAGCCUUGGUACUUUCUGUGUUUGCGUUCCACCUGGACAAGCAAGCCUACCUAUCUCAGAAGAAGACAGGUAGAGCAGUCCGCCACAUCUAAUCGGGAAAGCUUCGAACAAGUCGCCGGCAACAGACCGGUGGGGAUACAGCUGGUGAAUCUGACGAAAACGUUCGGAAGCCACCAAGCCAUCAAAAACUUAAAUUUGGAACUCUACCAAGGCCAACUCACUGUUCUGGUGGGUCACAACGGCGCUGGCAAAACUACGACCUUGAACGCGAUCACGGGAAUGUUACCUCCGAGCGGAGGAACGGUGUACGUUAAUGGCUACGACGUAAGGAAAAACAUCACGAAGGUUCGAGACGGGAUGGGACUUUGCCUCGAACACAACGUUCUCUUCGACGAAUUGACCGUUACCGAGCAUCUGCGGUUUUUUUCUAAACUCAAAGGACUGGAUGGCAAAGAGGCGGUAAGCGACGUUGACAAAUACGUUAAGGCGCUGCAGCUGGAGGAAAAAAGAAACAGUUAUCCAAGGACAUUGUCGGGAGGGAUGAAGAGGAAAGUAAGUGUAGCUGCAGCGCUCUGUGGACGGACGAAAGUGGUGAUUCUGGACGAACCCACCAAAGGCAUGGACCCGUCAUCGAGGAGGGAGGUUUGGAAUUUAUUACAAGAAAUAAAAGGAGAUCGCACAAUUUUACUCACCACACAUUACAUGGACGAAGCCGACGUGCUGGGUGACAGGGUGGCCAUCAUGGCAACCGGCGAAGUCCGAUGUUGCGGCUCGAGUUUCUUCCUCAAGCAAAAGUACGGCGCCGGCUACUACCUAGUGCUGGAAGUUUCGCCUCGUUGCCAGCCUGACCGAAUCACUGCACUCGUAAAGAAACACAUAGCGAACGCGCAACUUCAUUCCUCUGCCACCUUGGAACUUUCCUAUCACCUACCAGGCAACGAGUCCCAGAAGUUUGAGGCGAUGCUGAGCGAACUUGAAAACAAUCUGGGGAAACUGGAAAUAAUAAGUUUUGGCGUCUCGGUGGCGUCGUUGGAAGACGUUUUCAUGAAGGUGAUCAUCAACACAGAAAAUAAGAAGACCUCAAGUAAUGGUAAAACGCAAACAGAACUUAACGACAGAGCAAAAACUGAGUUGUUGAGCGGUUUUCCUCUCAUCGCCAACCAAAUAAUCGCCAUGUUUUUGAAGAGAUCUUUGAGCACGCUGCGGUGGUGGCCCAUAACUCUCAUCCAGAUUUUUUUACCAGGCAUCGUUUUUUUGCUAAUCAUGCAGACCGGUGGCAGCACACGCAAUCAAGAAUCAGACUGGCCUCUGAUUAAUGUAACAAACCUGGAUUUAUAUCCUAGUCCCAUAACGCUUCUAGCCGGAGAGCGUUUUCUGCCCGUUUAUCGUAUAUAUAAAGGCGUACUGAACAGUCACCAAGUCAUCGAAGUCGACAGGAUCGAAAACGAAAUACUCAGACAAUCGGAACUCUCCAGGGAUACCGUAAAAAUGCACUACAUCAUAGGAGCAUCAUUUAACAGCACAACUUCUGUGGCUUGGUUCAACUCUGAUGCCAUUCAUGCGCUACCUUUAUCUCUCGGUCUGGUACUAAACGCGUUGUAUCGCGAAUUCCUUGGCUCUGACCGUAGCUCAAUAUCUUUCGUCAAUCAUCCUCUUCCUCGGACGAUGAUAAAAGACGACGACGAUGAUCUAGGACGUAUUGAAGAGCAGAAGGCAGUGGGAGUUAUACUAUGUUUGGGAUAUGCAGUAGCGUUUGUCGCAUCCCUGUUCAUCCUGUUCUACAUAAAUGAACGUUCUUCUGGUAGCAAAAAUCUGCAGAUGGUCUCCGGUGUUAACGUUUUCGUAUUCUGGAUCACGUCUUUCUUGUGCGAUCUAAUUGUCUUCUUCUUGAUGUUGUGCGUCAUCGUCGCCUUGAUACUUAUUCUUGAGUUUGACUACCUCAAAAGUUAUUUAGGUUGUUUGAUUGUUUUGUUUAUCGCUUUCUUCUGCUUCGUUCUGAUGUUGAUUUAUUUACUUUCCAUUAUGUUGAAGAAACCAUCGUAUGGAUUAAUAUUGUUGUUCGUAUUUGGCUUUAUUACCGGAUCCGGAAUAGUGUUGUUUUUGAACUUACGACACAGAGAAAACAGACAAACAGCACAUUCUAUGCUGGUCUUAACACCGUUCGGUUCUUUAACCUUAGGAAUGUUUGCUUUAUUCGAGCAGCAUAUGAAUAAACAAUUUUGUUCAAGGUCAUAUGGCGAAAAUUCUUGCGAGAAAGACGAGACGUGUUGUUAUACUGACAACUGCUACGGAACCACAGUAGAGAAUAUAGGGACAAAUAUCAUAUGCUCUUUUAUAAUUUCGAUUUUGUGUUUCAUCCUUCUCAUAAUGCACGAGUACAGCCUCCUCGCCUACCCGAUCAACAGAAUCCGUGGAAAACGAAACCCUCCUGCAACUCCAGCUGACGUGAACGGCGACGUCCAAGAAGAAAUCAACCGAAUCAAGAACACUCCCGAAAACACCCUUUACAACACGCACAGCCUAGUCCUUCGCGACCUCACCAAGUACUACGGAAAAUUUCCAAGCGUCAAAGGUCUCUGUCUGGCUGUGAAAAGCGGCGAAUGCUUCGGUCUCAUAGGCGAGAACGGUGCCGGCAAAACCACCACCUUCAAGAUGAUAACGGGCGAGACGUCCAUCUCUUACGGUGACGCCGUCAUCAACGGGCUAAGCGUUCGAAGGAGCAGGAAGACCGUGCAGAAGCAGAUCGGCUACUGUCCGCAGUUCGACGCUCUCCCCGCCUAUCUCACUCCAAGAGAAACCAUAAGAAUAUUCGCGCUACUACGGGGUGUUACCUGGAAGAACUGCAAACCCUUAGUGGAGAACCUUGCUGAAGCAUUCGACUUUUCGAAGUACGUGGACAACAAAAUAAAGACGCUGAGCGGUGGGAAUAAAAGAAAGGUCAGUGCAGCUCUUGCUGUGGUCGGAGAUCCUCCUCUGGUCUACUUAGACGAGCUGUCGAGCGGAGUGGACCCGGUAGCGAAGAGACGGCUUCGAUCGACUCUGCUCAAGCACAGGAAUGAAGGAAAAUGCAUCAUUAUGACCACGCAGAGCAUAGAGGAAACGGAAGCGUUGUGCACGAGAGUCGCUAUUAUGGUCAACGGAAGCUUUCAGUGCCUCGGCUCGAUUCAGCGGCUGAAGAGUCAGUUUGCUAUGGGUUGCAGUCUGAAGAUCAAAGCGAAGAAGCCGGUCCAUGAAGAUACAAUCACGGCUGUGGAUAACUUUGUUAAGCAGAAUUUUCCGAAGGCGGUGCUACUGGAGCGGUACCAGGAGAUGUUGUCCUACGAAAUUGAGGGCUCGAUGGCGUGGUCUAAGAUGUUUGGUGUCAUGGAAAGGAACAAGAAAGCGCUCGGUAUCGAAGAAUAUACGCUCGAACAGGCUUCUUUGGAACAGGUGUUCUUGAAUUUUGUCAAGCACCAAGAGUAGCACGUAACAAUUUGGUUUUUACUUCCUAUUAACUUGGAAAACAAAAACUAUUUU